AUGCCUUCGCCGGCCAAUCCCAAUGAGCUCUCCACAAACACCCUUUUGUUAUUCGGUUCACAAGCGCUAUCUUAUGAUGAGGCUUAUUUCGAACGAAUCCGGUCCAAUGUUACGUGCGACGGGAGCAAUCGGUGGAUAAUUGAUGUUGUUGAUGACCUUUCCACCUACUGGCCAGAGCUCUGUGUGCAAAUUCCAACUUUAAAGGCAAUACAAGGAGAGAAUUUGCUACGGCGGCUGUCACUCUGGUUGCAGAAUGCCGAUGUGGAAGAUGAAUGGACUUCUCGGCUUCCCAACAUCAUUCUCAGCCCACUGGUUGUUAUUGGCCAUCUGAUCCAAUAUAUUCAAAAUUUCUCUACGCCUGGUGGGCAGCUCGAGUUUGAUAGAAGCCCCUCGAAGGGAUAUCGACCAAACAUAGAGACUCUUGGUAUUUGCAUCGGUAUGCUAAGUGCGUUCGUUAUCUCGACUAGCUCUACGCGGGCCCAAUUUAGCCAAAAUGGCACAGCCGCAAUACGCCUAGCUAUGGUGGUCGGUGCCCUCGUCGAUGCACGAGAUGCCGAAAGCCAGUCGAUUUCCCUGUCAACAACGUGGAAGUCGGAGCAGCUUUCUUUGAAGCUCCACCAAGUGCUUGCCAAUACCCCAGAUAGCUAUGUUUCAGUUACAUAUGACGAGAAUCGAGCUACAGUUACGACUUCUGAGAGCACCGCGCCUGCUCUCAAAAGACAACUUGGCGAAGUCGGAAUUAGUACAACCGAGAUCGGGUUACAUGGGCGUUUUCACACUACAUUGUAUGGCGACGACUUAGCUGCUCUCCUUCAUUUUUGUGGGAACCACUCUGGCUUUAGGCUCCCUAACGCUUCAAAACUUGUCAUACCUACCCGUUCAAACUCUACUGGACAGCUGAUUACACAAGGAUGGCUUCAUGAGGUAGCUUUGCGAGAUAUCCUCGUAGAACGCUGCGAGUGGAUUAAAUGUUUCCAGAUGGCGCAAUCUACAAUUUUGACGGCUGAGGGAUCGCGAGCGGUGGUAUUCGGGUCCGAGCGAUGUAUUCCACCAUCAAUACAACGUACGACAAAUGCUCAAGUCUCCUAUCUACAAGACGGAGAUGAGAAGUAUAGUCCCGAGUCGGGCGUCCGAGAAGACGAUAUUGCCGUAGUCGGCAUGUCAUGUAACGUGGCUGGCGCUCAAGAUUUAGAUCAAUUUUGGAAAAUUUUGAUGGAAGGCAAGUCUCAGCAUAGAGAGGUUUCGGACGAACGCUUCCCCUUUGAGACCGUCUUUCGGCCUGAAUCCGACCCUAAUAGAAAAUGGUACGGCAACUUUAUCGACGAUUACGAUAUGUUCGAUCAUAAAUUCUUUAAGAAGACUCCCCGAGAAGCAACUUCCAUGGAUCCUCAGCAGAGACUACUUUACCAGGCUGCAUACCAAGCAGUUGCGCAAUCUGGGUACUUCCAAAAACCUGCCGAGAAUCUAGAUACCCAAGUUGGGUGUUUCAUAGGUCUCUGCGCGACGGAUUACGAGAAUAACGUAGCGCAUCACCCACCUAACGCAUUCUCAGCCACCGGAAACCUGCGAUCAUUUGUCGCCGGCAAGAUCAGCCAUUAUUUUGGCUGGACAGGCCCCGGUCUCACGAUUGACACGGCAUGCUCAGCUUCGGCUGUGGCGAUUCAUCAAGCCUGCCGAGCGAUUUUGACCGGCGAGUGCACUGCGGCGUUGGCUGGUGGUACGAAUUUCAUAAGUUCACCGUUAUGGUUCCAGAACCUUGCGGGAGCAUCGUUUUUGAGUCCAACUGGGCAAUGCAAGCCAUUCGACGCGAAGGCGGAUGGUUAUUGCAGAGGCGAAGCCAUAGCAAGCGUUUUCCUCAAGAAAAUGAGCCUAGCCAUCGCCGACGGCGACCAAAUCUUCGGCGCCAUUUCUGCAACCGCCGUAAUGCAGAAUCAGAAUUGCACACCAAUAUUCGUCCCUAAUGCCCCAAGUUUGUCUGACCUCUUUAGGAACGUUCUCGACAAAUCUGGAUUAGAUGCAAAGCAGGUGUCCUUUGUUGAAGCUCAUGGUACGGGAACACCAGUGGGAGACCCAGCCGAAUACGAUAGUAUUCGCCGAGUAUUCGGUGGCCGUCCUGGACAGGCUCUCCAAUUCGGGUCCGUCAAGGGUCUUUUAGGCCAUACAGAAGGCAGUUCGGGGGUAGUCUCCCUUAUUAAAGUCCUUCUUAUGAUAAAUGAAGGAUAUAUUCCGCCUCAACCCAGCCACUCGGUUAUGAAUCCAGGCAUAGAUGCGUCACCAUCCGAUAACAUGGUAAUCGCGAGCCAAGCGUUGCCUUGGCAAACGGACUUCAGGGCAGCCCUGAUCAACAACUAUGGGGCGUCGGGCUCCAAUGCUUCACUCAUAGUUCAGCAAGCACCACUUCUUCGGUCGACGACCUCGACAGAACCAUCCACGACGCCAAUGAAGGCUCCAUUUUAUAUAUCGGGCUUUGACGAUAGGUCGAUUCAAGCUUAUAUCACUAGGCUACGCCGGUUCCUCAAUGCGCGGGCGGCGGCCGGGGCCAAUAUUGAGCUAGAAGAUCUUUCUUUUAACUUAGCUAGGCAAUCGAAUUGGUCGCUCGAGACUGCCCUUAUUUUUAGUUGCCAGUCAAUGGGUGAACUUAAUGAGAGGUUGGCCGCCUUUGAAUCCGAAGGUAGUAGCCAGACCAUCAAGACCCCUGCCCCGAGACCAACCAUUUUAUGUUUUGGCGGUCAGGUGUCUACAUUCGUCGGAUUAGAUCGCCAAUUGUAUGAGAAAGUUAAGGUCCUUCGCAACUAUCUUGAUAAAUGCGACUCUAUUUGUCAAUCAAUUGGCGCCGGUAGUAUAUACCCCGGGAUUUUCCAACGCGAGCCCGUCGAAGAUGUCGCAAAGCUACAACCCAUGCUUUUUGCUAUGCAAUAUGCUUGUGCUAUGAGCUGGAUCGAGUGUGGUGUCACUCCUGCUACAAUUAUAGGUCAUUCAUUCGGAGAACUGACGGCUCUCUGUGUAGCGGGCAUCUUGAACCUCAAAGAUGCUCUGACGAUGAUCUUUGGGCGAUCAAAACUCAUUCGAGACCUUUGGGGCCCAGAGUCAGGGGCCAUGAUGGCAGUUGAAAAUGACCGCGAAAUUGUCGAAGGGCUAUUAGUAGAAAGCGACUCAGACGCCACCAUUGCUUGUUUCAAUGGGCCGCGGAGCUUCACAUUAGCUGGGUCGGUUGCUUCCAUUGACGCACUUGCCGAAUAUAUUUCCAGCCAUCAGGCUUAUUCUUCAAUGAAGUACAAAAAGCUCAAUGUCACAAAUGCUUUCCACUCCACUCUCGUUGACCGCUUGAAACCCGAGUUGGAGAAGGUCGGCCGGGGCUUGAAUUUCAAGGAACCAAAGAUCGCACUAGAAAGGGCGACUGAAUCCGCCAAUAAUGAGAGGUUAACGUCGGCUUAUGCAGCGGACCAUAUGAGGAACCCAGUAUACUUUGACCAUGCGGUUCAGAGGCUUUCGAAAAAGUACCCUGAAGCGAUCUGGCUUGAAGCUGGCUUCAAUUCGACAAUCACCGUGAUGGCAAGUAGAGCGCUGAACAUGCCGAAAACCUCAUAUUUCCAGCCAGUCAACGUAACCAGUGGUCAGGGCCUAUCACAGCUCACGGAUAUUACGACAGGUCUUUGGAAAGCUGGUCUGCGCACUGCCUUCUGGGCACACUCCAAGUCCCAAACGCACCAAUACGCUCCUAUCCUCUUACCCCCUUACCAAUUCGAUAAACAACGGCACUGGCUUGAAUUCAAGUCGCCGCCGAGGCUUGGGAUAAGUGAUUCGGCUCCUGUAGACCGAACGAACCCAGAGGAGGACCUUCCGACGACAUUGUUCUCGUUUGUAGGGUACAGAGAAAAUUCUCAGGAUUACCCUCGCUUCCGUAUCAACACAAUGAUUGACCUAUACACUAAUCUGGUAUCUCAACACGUCAUUGCCAGGACUGCGCCCAUCUGCCCCGCAACGGUUCAGGUUGAUAUGGCCAUUGAGGCAAUCAUGACUGUCCAGCCCGAGCUUCGCAACGAGAACUUACACCCUCAGGUCUGUAACGUCACUAACCAAUCCCCAAUUUGUAUCAACCCAUCCCGCUCAGUAUUCCUGAACUACACGCGCAUCGCGAGUAGUAAACACAUAUGGAAUUUUGAGAUCGUUAGCAAUGACCAAAAGUCUCCAGGGGAGACGACACAUGUCACCGGGGAAGUCCGAUUCUACCCUCCCGACGACCCCCAAUAUUGCCUCGAGUUCAACCGAUAUGAGCGGCUUGUAAACCACCAGCGAUGUCGCCAGGUUCUUGAUUGUGAUGACUCAGACGAUGUCAUUCAAGGUCGCGCCAUUUACAGGAUUUUCGCAGACGUAGUAGAUUACGGCCCAGCUUUCACUAUGCUCCAGAAAAUUGUCGGAAGAGGGAAUGAAUCCGCCGGUCGGGUGGUCAAAAAGCAUUCCGGGGAGACAUGGCUUGAUGCCCACCUCGGCGAUUGCUUUAGUCAAGUUGGUGGAAUGUGGGUCAAUUGUAUCGCGAAUGAAACUCCAGCGGAUAUGUACAUCGCCAACGGUUUUGAGCAGUGGAUGAGGUCACCAAAGGUGGUCAAACACGGAGAUAGCCCCUACGGAGACCAACAAGAGUGGCAUGUUUUGGCUCAUCAUAACCGGGUCCCGUCAGGUAACGCUUACAUGACCGAUAUCUUCGUAUUCAAUGCAAGCACUGGAGGCCUUGUGGAGGUAAUACUCGGUAUCAAUUAUGCGAAGGUGGCACAUGCAUCCAUGGGCAGACUCCUUACAAGGCUUACCCCUGGAUUAUCUCCCGCGCGGACGCAGGCAACAGAACCAACCGGCAUAUCUCACGACGUUCAAACCUCUUCUGGCGCCGAUGAUUCUGGGCCUCACUCGGCCACGGAAGCUCCAAAGCGGGGUAGCGGUCAUGGAAAGUCAGUUCUGCUAAGCAAGCUUAAAGCUGUAUUGGCCGACAUAACAGGUCUUGAGCCAGCAGAGAUCGCGGACGACGCCGACUUGGUCAACGUUGGAAUUGACUCAUUGAUGGGUAUGGAGAUGGCUCGUGAAGUUGAGACAAUGUUCAGCUGCACCUUAGACCAAGAUGAACUCAUGACUGUCCUGACCCUACCGGACCUUCUCAAAUGCCUCCAAGGGGCACUAGGAGAAUCGGGUGAUGACGAGUCCGACACUACAGCGGAUCAAACAUCCGGCGAAAAUAGCGGGAGCUCAAACGACACGCCCCUAUCUAGUAAUGCCACGUCAGUUCAUGCUUGGGACGAUUCUCAUACCUCAAAGGUGGAAAAUGACAGCCGGAAAGAGACACCUGUGAAUAUGCCAGCAUCCAUUGUACUCGAUGCUUUCCGUGAGUCAAAAUUGCGGACAGACCAGCUCACUGAGGAGUGGCGAAUUUCGGGCUACCUCAGCAAUAUCUACCCACAGCAGAGCAAACUUUGUGUUCAGCUAACGGUCGAAGCAUUCAAGGAGUUGGGCUCUGAUAUAGCAGCGGCGCGGGCAGGACAAGAAUUGCAGCGCAUCCCAUUUGUACCCCAGCAUAAUCACCUCCAGAUGUAUCUGUACCAAAUGCUAGAGGAGACCCGUAUCGUCGAUCUUGACGGGGAUAAAAUUACCCGUACUGCCUUCCCUCUGCCUUCCAAGACAAGCGAUGCAAUCCUCCAGGAUCUGGUGCGUAAUUACCCCGACCACGCCUACGCUAGUCAGUUGGCCCAUUGGACGGGGAAGAACUUCGCUGGGGUUCUAUCCGGGAAGGCUGAUGGCAUUAAACUGAUAUUUGGUCAAGGGAAAGGGCGCGAGCUUGUCGCUGGUCUUUAUGGAGAUUCUUUUCUGAACAGACUGUCAUACCAACAGAUGAUAGAUUUCCUUGACCGACUCGUCACAAAACUCUCGGGGCUUGGUGAAGGUGGUACCCUUCGAAUCUUGGAAAUGGGAGCAGGUACUGGAGGCACAACCAAAUGGUUGGUGCCUAUGUUGGCAAAACUAGGGCUCCCGAUUGAGUACAUAUUCACGGACCUGUCUCCUUCGCUCGUAGCUAUGGCCAGGAAAGAGUACAAGCAAUACCCGUUCAUGAAAUUCUUCGCUCAUGAUAUCGAGAACCCGCCACCAGACGGCUACUUCGGCACUCAACACAUUGUCAUCGCCAGUAAUGCGGUACAUGCGACUCAUUCGCUGGCAGGGUCCACUGAGAAUAUGCGUAAAUUCUUGCGACAGGACGGAUUCAUCAUGAUGACCGAAAUGACGAUGACGCUUUACUGGGUAGAUAUGAUAUUUGGUAUCCUCGAGGGCUGGUGGUUAUUUAACGACGGCCGAACCCACGCAAUUUCAAGCGAAAGUCGAUGGGAACGAGACCUUCAUUCCGUUGGGUAUGGUCACGUUGAUUGGAGCGAUGGUCAGUCUCCUGAAGUACGCAUCCAGAAGGUCAUCAUCGCUCUCGCAUCCGGGCCACAGUUUGAUCGUCUACCUGCAGCUUCUUCAACUCCAGGUGGUAUUUCAAGCAUUAGCCUCGAGCCACGUAGGUUGGCAGUGGAGGGCUAUGUGAAGAGAUUUUCACAGGAAUUCCGAAUCCCCAAGUACUCCGGUAGCUUGACACAGAUCUCGGGGAAUUCGAGAAAUAUUCUCGUAACAGGGGCAACCGGCAGCCUAGGCUGUCAUCUAAUUGCGCAUCUCGCUAGCUUGCCCACAGUCCAAACGGUGUACUGCCUUAACCGACGGAACAAGCUGGACCCAGAUGUACGCCAAAUCGAAGCCCUUAAAACCAAGAAGAUCAAUCUCGACGCGUCGUCGCUCUCUAAGCUCAAAGUCUUCCAGACCGACACCGCAAAACCGUUGCUUGGAUUGCCGCAAGACACUUAUGAAACCAUUGUGGGAUCCGUGACACAUAUCAUUCACAACGCUUGGCCUAUGAACGGGAAAAUGGUAGUCAAAGGUUUUGAACCGCAGUUCGAGGUCAUGCGCAAUCUUGUCAAUCUCGCAGCGGAAGCGUCGGCGCGACGGUCGGUCGGAUUAAAGGUCUCUUUCCAGCUGAUCUCGUCAAUCGCGACGGUGGGGCAUUAUCCACUUCAUAAGAACAAUCCGAACAUCCCUGAGGAGCGUAUGGAGAUUGAAUCGGUAUUGCCCAACGGCUACGGCGAUGCUAAGUACGUCUGUGAGCGAAUCCUGGAUGAAACCCUGCAUACUCAGCCAGAUCUGUUCCGACCUAUGACUGUUAGGCUUGCUCAAGUUGCUGGAUCAUCAAUCAGUGGAUACUGGAACCAAUUGGAGCACUUCCCAUUUCUUGUAAAGUCCGCCCAGACACUGCGAGCUCUACCGAACUUUCACGGCCCUCUAUCGUGGACCCCCGUGGAUGCCAUGGCCGGAACUUUAGCAGAUUUGCUCCUAAUGGAGGACCAACCGCAUCCAUUCUACCAUAUCGACAACCCUGUUAGACAGCCGUGGCAAGAGAUGUUACCCGUUCUCGCCGAGGGUCUAGGAAUCCCGGAGUCUAGAAUCAUACCUUUCAAGGACUGGAUACAAUUAGUGCGGGGUUUCCCAGGAUCGACCGAAUUGGACAAUCCGGCUGCGAUGUUGGUUGACUUCUUUGACCAAGAUUUCGAACGCAUGUCUUGUGGUGGCGUUCUGUUGGGAACUAAGAAGACCCUGGAACAUUCGGCUACACUCCGAGGGGUUGGUCCUGUAGGAACGGAUGUUGUACACAAAUACAUACGAGCCUGGAAGGAAGAUGGUUUUUUGCGAUAAUUACCCAAGAGGUAGUAAGGAUAGACGCUGGAUAUAGAUAGAUUUGAUUGAUUUAGACUUGGAAUAGAGGUGUGCAUUGGAAUCGCGUUGAGAUCAGUGACUAAAAGAGAUCAAUUUCAUUUCUCAGCGCCAGGAUACACGGUGCCUAGAAUUUAGGGUCUUGCUGC